AGCCACCCGCACAUGAGAAACAGAAGAAGAAGAAGAAAAAGCCAUUUGCAUUCAUUUGAGCGAUUGUUUUCUCCCUCCAGUCACAUCUGAUGGGGCUUUUUAUUAUUUGAGAAAUGAAAAGCUAAAUUAAACCUGACGAAAAAAAGAGAGAGCGCAAGGGCAGGAUUGAUUUACUCGCUGUAUUGGUAAAUAUGACCACGUGAUCCAUGUAACCAAUCCCUGUAGAUGCAGGCCAGGAAAAAUACUAUGAUUGUUCAUAGAGGGAAGCUUCCCGUAACAGUGCAACCCUUAUUAUAUGAGUAGGAAGAGAUCAAAAAUGUCUUCCAGUGGCACUCUCAGUAACUGCUAUGUGGACGCUAUCAUGGGGCAGGAGCCGGAGGAUGUGUACGGUGCUCGCUUUAUUCAGGCUCCACACUCGGUGACCCCGAGGCCGUCAGGUGCUGGGGACAACGCAGACUUCUCCUCUUGCAAUUUCGCACCCAAGUCCGCCGUUUUCCCGUCGUCUUGGUCCUCGGUUCACCCGCAGGGGAUUUAUCAUCCGUACGUGCACCACCACCACCACCACCAGUCCCAUCUCCCCGCGUCGGACGGCAGAUAUGUAGGCGUCCGCUCCUGGAUGGACCCCAUCUCCAACCACGUUUCGUUCGCCGGAUUUCACCCCAGCAGUCGGCAGUACGGGACAAAGCCAGAAGUCUUGCCACCGAAAGCUACAGAGUGCGACACGUUGGAGGCUGAGGCUCGGCCGCUCGCCGGCGAAUUCGCGUGUGGAGUAUCGGAGUGUCCAGAAAAAGCGAGCAAAGAGCACAGUGGAAGUGAGCUUUCGAGCCACAGCGAGCCCAAAGAGGAGAAACAACAACAACUUGACCCAAACAACCCUGCAGCAACCUGGAUUCACGCGCGCUCCACGAGAAAGAAGCGAUGCCCGUACACAAAAUAUCAGACUUUAGAGCUGGAGAAGGAGUUCCUCUACAACAUGUAUCUGACAAGAGACCGACGCUAUGAGGUGGCCCGCAUACUCAGUUUAACCGAGAGACAAGUGAAGAUCUGGUUCCAGAACAGGAGGAUGAAAAUGAAGAAGAUGAACAGAGAGAGGAGCGGCAAGGACCUGCUAUGAAAUCACUGCCAACUCACACAUUUGUAUACCCUAAGGAAGCCAUCUGAACAAUUAAAUUCAUUUUGGCAGGAGCCUCGGUAGCCAUUUUAAAACAUUUUUUAGAUCCCUCUAGGUAUAGCGUAAUAUUGCGUGUCAGUGUCAUAACGUGUUGGCCAAAUAUGCAUCAAAAUCACAUGUGCAGGAAUUUGUCUUUGGUGGAUAUAAGACAGGAUCCGUCUCAUAUUAAAAAAAAAUGUUAUUUGUUUUACACAACCACAAGCAGCCUGUGCUUGGAGGAAACGUGCCUAUGUGUAUUGCUUUUAUAGUUGUUAAGAAU